AUCUAGGGUUAUACAGAGUCAAAUUGUUUGACCACGAUCGGCGAGAUGGGGAAUCAAGGUGCCAAGAAGCGUAAGGAACAGAACGCCCGCCACAUGACCAACCUCCGCCGCCUCAUCAUCGCCUGCAACGUUAUCUAUGUCGUGGUCAGGUUGCUGAUCUUUCAUUCCACAUUCACUUGGAAACAUUGGAUAGGUGUAAUUUUGACUUCUGCGGCUUAUGUGAUUCCCUAUCUACAACUUGCCCAGAUGGCAAAACCCACUUAUGCUGAUGAUGGGGAUCUUCUUGAUGGGGGAUUUGAUAUGAGUACAGGUGGAAUAUGUGGCUAUCUACAUGAUAUAAUCUACAUUACAAGUUUUGUGCAACUAAUGUCCAUUAUCUCGGAAAAGUUUUGGUAUGUCUAUCUUGUGAUACCAGCAUUUGGAGCAUACCAAUGUUUUGGUUUCAUAAGAGGAUUCCUGCCGCAAGGUUCAGAGGGAGAAGUGGAAGAUGAAAAGACUCGCAAGAAAAGGGAAAAGAUGGAGAAGAAGGCGGCACGUCCCAAAUUUGUCAAGACGAGGACUAGAUAAAAUUUAGCCAGUUCAUUGACACUUGGUUGAAAUGAGUUCCCUUGGAUGAUUGAAAAAGUCACAUCUAACUUCAAUGAGUUGACAAAUCUGAUCUGGUGUAAGUUUGCAGAAGUUUACCGUGGUGGAUAAACUAUGUAUUUUAUUUUAUUUUUUUCUUUGCCUGGUGGAAAUGAAAAGGUUAGAAAUUUUGACAUGACAUCCUUUGCAGGUCGCACGUUUGUUGUUCAUUCAUGUAUUAUUACUUCAGCUCAGACUGCUACAAGUAGGAUGUAGCAGUUCAAUAAAGACACUUCAAAAUUCUAACCUUGUUAUCAGUUCAAUAAACAAAUUUCUAAUAA